UGGGCGAUGUAAGAGAAAGAAAGAGCGAGAAAAUAUUCGAGAAAGUGAGGGAAAAUGGUGGAGCUGCGUUUGGAUUUGGGUCCAGUUUAUUUACCCAAAACCAUGUCUGAGUUUCUCGGAGAAGUUUCCAAGAUCGGAGAUGGGUUUCAGAGAUUAUCGAUGAUUGAUGAUUAUUUGAGAAGAUUGGAAGAUGAGAUGAGAAAGAUUGAUGCUUUUAAACGUGAACUCCCUCUUUGCAUGCUGCUCCUCAACGACGCUAUUGGGAGAUUGAAGGAGGAGGAAAUGCGGUGUAAGGAAUUGAAUAAUCGAUCUGUGUCGGAAGAAAUUUCGCCAUUGAAGAGAAAUGUUGAAGAAGAUGAAAUCAGUGAUAAAAAAAACUGGAUGAGUUCUGUUCAGCUUUGGAACAGUGAUAUUAGCUAUGAUCACAAGAAGCAGGACACAGUCCCAGAACUGAAUGAUCUGAGAAGUAAGGAAGAUGAUCUGUCUCUAUCUGAGAACCCAAUUCAGCUGCAUAAUAACAGCACAAACAAGGGCAAGGGAGGAGCAUUUGUACCAUUCAAAGGGCAAUCUGAGAUCAGGCAGGGUGAGGGGAUUACUGAUCUCUCACUCGUUAGUCCAAUUUCUGAAUUGGGUUCUUGUAAUUCGGGUUUGAAGAACAUUAGCAGCAUCAUAUAUGGUUCUUUGUCAGAAAAUCAUGACCAUAUGAAGGUACACAGCAAACCCCAAGAGCAACAGCAACAGCAGCAACAGCCACAGAAUUCCAGGAAACAAAGACGGUGCUGGUCACCGGACCUCCAUAGGCGCUUUGUGGACGCACUUCAACAGCUUGGUGGAUCGCAAGUGGCAACUCCUAAACAAAUCCGAGAACUAAUGCAAGUAGAUGGCCUUACAAAUGAUGAAGUAAAAAGCCAUUUACAGAAAUAUAGGCUUCAUGUCCGAAAACUUCCAGCUGUUGAGGCAAACGAUCCAUCCAUGGCUCAAGAGCAGUGGAGCGAACGGAUGAAGGCCAGCAUUUCAAAAUAUGGUUCACCAAAAGGUCCCCUCCUUGUGAGUGGAUCUGCUAAGGGUACAUCAAGUACUGGAUGCAAUAGCAUGGAGGCAGAAGAAGAUGAAAAAUCAGAUGGCCGGAGUUGGAGAGGUGGGGUUCAUAAGUCCAGGGAAAUUGCGUUAUAAUCAAAUAACUUAUCACCAUCAAAAUUUUGCAGAUACAUAAGACAUUGCAUUGUAAACAUAUAAUCCAGUUCCCAAAGAAGAUAGAUUCAAUAUUGGAGUUGUUUGUGAGGUACAUUUGGUAGCUUUAAGGAGAUUUUGCAGAUGACUUCAACCAUUGAAUUGGUAGAAUUUCCCAUUUCUUAUAUAUGAAAUUAUGAAUUGUAGUAAAGGAAGCAGAAUAACAACUUCUUCUUCCUUUCUUCUCAUUUAUGUCAAUUGAAACUGAUG